AUUUCAAUAUUGUAGGGAUUACUGAUUCAUAUUGCAUACAUUAAUUAUUCAACUAAAUAUUGAUAUUAUGAAUAUCUACAUGUUUAGUUUUAUAAUUUAGAAAAUAUUACUCUAGUGUCUUAAAUAUUUGUGGACCAAUAGUUUUUAUUUAAAAAUGCCGACUAUCCUUGAAGGUGGUCCAGAAUACAAUAAACUUAUAUUUAAUUACGAUCGUAGUUGGACUGAUGAUUUACCAAUUUGCAAAGUAUCAGUAUAUUUUAGGUGUAGGGUACCUAACUCGUCAAAGAUAUGAUGAAUUAGGUCAACGCCGAGAGGAACUGGAAUCUGAAGACAUCAGUCUUCGAUGUUGUUAUGAUGAUGCAGGUGUUGUUUGGUUGUAUGGAAUUUUUAAUGGUCAUAAUGGAGCAGAAACAGCACGGUUUGCUCGUGAUCGUAUUGCUGCAGAAAUUUUAUUAGGCCAGUUACCUACUACUGAAAUGGACCAAACUGCUAAAGAAAUMAUUCAACAAAGUUUUCUCUCUGUUGAGGGGACUUAUCUUGAAACCAUUGAUAAUAAAUUACUUCAAAGAGCGAACUUACUACUUCAACUUCCUGAAGGAAUAUCACACUAUGAUGCUUACCAACAAUAUCCUCAAAUUAUAGAAAAAUUAAAGGAACUUGAAGAAGAAUUGUCGUGUGGUACUGGAGCAUCUAUAGCAAUACUUAAAAAUAAUCGUUUGUAUGUUGCAAAUGUUGGAGAAAGUCGUGUAUUGCUGUGUAAAACUGAUAAAGACGAUGUAAUGAGGGUGAUACAGCCCACAGUUGAUCAUAACCUGACAAAUUUAGAUGAAGUGAUGAGGCUGACAAAUCUUGGACUCAAUAUUUCUGAUGGAAAAAUCAAUGGUAAUAGAAAGAUUGGAAAUCAAUCAUCAACAAGAUGUUUGUGUAAUUACAUGAUAAAAGGUGCCUAUAAAGACUAUGAAGAACUUAGUGCAGCUUCAGCUGAACCAGUUAUAGCUGAACCUCACAUUGUUGGUGGUAUUACUAUUGAUUCAUCGUACAGAUUUAUGAUGAUUGCUUCUCCAGGUUUACUAAAAACUUUAGAAGAAGCCACAGGCACUAAUCAAGUGAACAAGGAGUUAGCACUAUUAGUAGUUGAACAAUUGCGAGUACAGUCUACAUUAACUGGUGUUGCUCAAGCUGUUGUAGAUCAUAUAGCUAGAAUAUAUCAUGAUACUUAUGAAGCACAAGAUAAUGCUAUUGGAGCUACUCGUCCAAAUAUUAUGUUAAUGAUACGCAAUUUCAAUUUUGCAAUGCCUAAUGCAAUUACUGAGCAACAACAUAGCUGGAAUGGCUCAUAUGAUCAAGAUACAGCUGUAAACUUUACUGAAACUACAACAUCAACUUCAACAGAUCCAUCUAGCGGUUCAGUCAAAGCUAUACUGCCAUAUGUAGAUUUCAGUGAAUUUAACUCAAAUGUUAAUAAAGCUAAAGCACAAGGCAAGCUUCCCUCCAACAUCAACUUUUUCUAUGAAUAGAUCAAUUACUAUCUGAAUUCAUUUUUUUAGUUCAGUAACUAAAUAGUGACUUGAUAAUUGUUAUUACAAUGUUGUUAAAUUUUAUUUUUGUAUGCUGUUCCUAACAUAAAAAAAAUAUUUAGGUUUA